AUUUUCUCCGAUUUUCUCUUCUUUCUUUUUUUUUGUGUUCUUCGAUUUUUUUUCCUUUUUUGUAUUGGGGUUGAUAUUUCUGCGUAGUGCGUUUGCAAGUGGAUAUGAAUAUGUUGUGAUAUCUGCAUUACUCUGCAAAUUCUGAGAUUAGGGUUUUUGGUUGUGCAGAGAAAGGGAUUCUCUAGGGUUUAGUGGUUGCUUUCACUCAGGUGUUUUUUUUUUUUUUUCCUUUUCUGUUAUUUUGGUUUCAUUGGAUGGUAUUGUCGGCACAACAUUGCUUUGCGUUUGAUUGCUGGUGGUAUUUCGGGGGUGCAUUGUGUUGGGUGGCUUAGAUGGAUAAUUCGUUUUAUUGAUUUCUUGCUACUGAUUCGAUCUUUUAUGUGUUUUGAGUAAUGGGUGUGGCUUAGAUUGAUACAAAUUUGUUGGGAACUUUGAUGGGUUCGAGUGAGAAUUUGACUUCGGUGGUUGAGCCUUUGCUUGGGGCUGAUGCUGAGAGGCUUUCCUUUUCGGAGGCAAUGGAAGGCGCUAUGCCCAAGCAGCAUUUUUGCUCCGGGGAGGAAUGCAAUUUGAUGGGUUGUAAUGCAGAGGGUAUCAGUUCACCCGAUACAUGCUUGGGUUUUUCUCAGGAUGAAAAUGCAGCUCAGAUGAGUGUCAACAAUGAAAAUGUGGAUGCGACAAAGUUGAAGAAAUUCGUAUGUGAUCAACAUGGAAUUGAUAUUUGUAACUUGGAAAGUAAUCAGUUGUGCUCAGAAAAUGGGGGGCCUCCUGGUCAAGGCAAUAUCAGUUCUAAGGAUAGGACCCCAGGCUUGUCUCAAGCUGAGAAUGCUGUGGGUAUCAGCGCUCUUCAUUGUAAUGAUAGUAAGGAUGAAAAUGAUGUCUGUAACUUGCAAAACAAUGGUAAGAGUAUCUGUGUUCUCUGUGUCAAGGUUAUGGAAGAGAAAAGAGAUGUUUUAAAAAAGAUAGAAAAUGAUGUUUGUUGCCAAAUACUGCAGUCAGAGGGGUAUGAGAAGCCAUCAGAAGUUAUGCCAGUGACUGGUUCACCAAACCACUAUAUGGCACGAGAUAGAGAUAAAGAGGGCAAGUGUGUCGGUAGUUGCACUUUGCUGGGGUUCUCAGAGGCUGUAGAAAAUAGUUCAGAAGAGAAAAACAAUACUCAAUCCAGGACUGAGACUGAUAUUCUCAACCAAAUAUUGCCUUCAUGGGGUUGUGAAGUGUCCUUCGAGUUAAUAAGUUUGACUGAUGAGUUGACACUUUGUUCUAAACUGGAAGAGCAGAAGGAUGGUAAGGGCAUCAGUUGCCCCCCUGCAAGAGGUUUUAUGGAAGAGAAGUGUGAGGUUUUGGCUGGGACUGAAGUCAAACUUUACAACCAAAUGUCUCCCUUGGAGGACUGUAGUUUCCCUUCGGAAUUGAUAGCCAUGACCAGCUGUUUGAGCAAUAAUGCCCAUCAAGAUGAGCUGAAGGAUGCUAAGAGUGUUAUUUGCCCCUCUGUGUGUGGAAAAGUUGAUGAUUCGUUUGUUGCAGAAUCAUAUACGUGCAGCCCAACAGCAGCUUCACGUUGUACUGCAAUGCCAAAAAUAUUAUCACAUAGAGGUGAUUUUGGUUGUGAAUGGCAGAGCAAUCAGAAGGAAGAUCAGAGUAGCAGGGGUUUCUGUCUUGAAGGUUUUACCAGAACUGUAGAAACAAAGAGUUCUGAUGAUGUAUGCGUCCAGUUAUUGCCCUCAAGGGGUUGCGAGGAGGGGGUCUUGGAAAGCUCAAAUAUGGCUGAAUCAUUAAGUAAUAUUAUCCUGCAGAAUGUUGGAACUGAUGAUAAGAUUGUUGAUGGUUUAUCCACAAAUAGUGUUGUGAAGUUUUUUGAGGGCAGGAAUGAUGAUAAAACUGUUAUAAAUGUUGAAAGUUGCCCAGAAAUAUUACAUGUAGAGAAUAAUGCCCGCAAUUCACAGGAGGAUUCCUGUCAAUUAGUUACAAACUAUCUUGGUAAUGAAUCAAUUUCUGUGUUGUGUCAGCCCUUCGAUUCCAAAAAUGAGUCCUGUAGGAGGUUGGAUCUGUCCGAUGCUUGUGGUGCUUUGGGUUCAAUCAGUAUAGUUGACUGUUCUGGUCAGACAGGAAAUGAAGGAAAGGAUGUUGUUGGAGCUGAUUAUGUUUUUGAAACUACAUAUCCUACCCCUGUAUUAUCAUCUUCUCAAAGAGGCAUCUGGAAAAGUAAAUCAGGCCAAAAGACUCUGUCAAAAAGGGUGAUAAGGAACCGCAGCAACACUGGCAAGGAGCCCCACCCACCUGAAAGUAUCAGCUUUAUCUCCAAGGUGUCAAGAAGGAAAAGAAGCUGCUCUUCCAAGCCAGCUCGUUCUUCUAUCUGGGGACUAAUGGGGAAUGUUGGACCAUUUCUUGAGCAGUGCCACAAGCCUGGGUUUGAUGAAGUGCAGAAUCAAGGAUCACUGAAAGUUAAGGGUGGCCAAGGAAGUAGGAAAGGUAUUAAGAAUCAAGCUAGUAAAGGUAGAAAAAAGUCAAGUAAGAAAGCUCUGCCUUCAACUAGCUGUCUAUGCUUUAAGGUUAAGAUUGGCAAAGACAUUUGUCAAAGUUAUCUGAACAAUAUGACUGCAGAUGUAGUGGAUGCAUCAGCUUCUGUUGAUGCUUCUUUUUGCAAUCAAGGGACUGAGGUUUGCCAGGAAUUCAGCUUAGCCAAUGGUGUCAGAGAUAAUUUGGGAGAACAGAGGACUGGAAAGCACUUACAGUACAACAAAAAGCCAGAGAAGGUGAUAAUUUGCCAGGAUUCUUCUGUUAUGGAUGUAAAAGUAGAAAAAAGGGAUUUUGAGAGCACUGAGAUUUUGGAGAAGUCUGCCGGAGAUGCUACUGAGCAUUGUCUUGGAAUUCCAUGUAAUACAGUGGUUGAAACAUCUAGAGGUGCAACAGAGAAAAGUUAUAUGGAUCCUGGAACUUCACCAGAUUCAGAAGUUAUCAACCCAGUUCCUGAUAGCCAAGUUGGUGCGCUGCAUCAGGAAGACUUGCAUAAUUCUGUUUCGACUACUUCUGAAGAUUUUGCUUCACUUGGAGAUGUUAAGAGAAGGAAGAGUAGCAAGCGGGGAAAGAAAGUUAAUCAUAGAUCGCUUGUGACAGCCAGCAUAAUGAAGCCUAAGUCAUCAAAGAAUAGCAGAGGCAAACAGAAAACUGGUGACGGCUUUUACUUCAACGAGAAUCCUUCUUUAUCCACAAAUGUAGAUGCUUCAAGUGUCUCUCCAAGCACCAAGGAAUUCUCCAUUGAGCCGUUAAAUCCAUCAAGCGAGAACAAGAUCAGAUUCUUUGAAGAAGCUACAGGAAUUGAAAGUGGUGCAGAGGCUAAAUCAUCCAGCAGCCUUGAUGUUUCAGAAACACAGUGUUCCAAGAAUUUAAUUCCUCCAAGCAACAAGGGGCACCAACUUCUCAAAGGUUCAAAAUAUUGUAAAACAGGCAAUGGAAGGUCUGAGGUCUCUGAUUCAGCAAGAAGCAAGAAAGGAGAUGCUUUAAGACGGAGGGAGAACCAACAAAAGUCUGCUUGUAAGAGUGAAGUAGUGAAUGGUCUUGUUGAUAGGAUUGAGCCCAAAUUGGAGAGUCUUGCAGAAUUUGGAAAUGGUGAGGUAGAUGAUGUUGGGAACACUGGCAAAGACAUUGAAUCUGCAGUUGAAGCUAAUGCUAAUGUGGUAUCAGAUGGUGCAAUGGAGCAGUGGGUUCUGCCUGAUAGUGCUUGGGUGCGCUGUGAUGAUUGUUAUAAAUGGCGGCGCAUAUCUGUUGAACUUGCAGAUAAACUUAAUGGAUCAUGCCAAUGGAUCUGUACGGACAACAUGGAUAAAGCCUUUGCUGAUUGCUCAAUCCCCCAAGAGAAGUCUAAUGCAGAUAUUAAUGCAGAGUUGGGGUUAUCAGAUCCUGACGAAGAUGAUGGUCAUUUAAACUAUAAGAGACUUGAAUACAGAAAUAUAGCAGUUCGGGAAGCAUCAGUUUUCCGGUGCAUCAAUGGUAAUGAGUUUCUACAUCGCAGGCAUAAAACUCAAACAAUUGAUGAGGUAAUGGUUUGCCAUUGCAAGCCAUCUCCGGAUGGUCAGCUUGGUUGUAGAGAUGAAUGCCUGAACCGGAUGCUGAACAUCGAAUGCGUUCAAGGUACCUGCCCGUGUGGUGACCUCUGUUCAAAUCAACAGUUCCAGAAGCGCAAAUAUGCCCAAAUGCAGUGGUCUAGAUGUGGAAAGAAAGGUUAUGGGCUGAAGAUGCUUGAGGAUAUAUCAGCUGGACAUUUCCUAAUUGAGUAUGUUGGAGAGGUGCUGGAUAUGCAAGCUUAUGAGAAACGGCAGAAAGAAUAUGCUUGUAUGGGUCAAAGGCAUUUCUACUUCAUGACAUUAAAUGGCAGUGAGGUAAUAGAUGCAUGUGCAAAAGGAAAUUUGGGCCGUUUCAUCAACCAUAGUUGUGAUCCUAAUUGCCGAACAGAGAAGUGGAUGGUGAAUGGAGAAAUUUGUAUCGGAUUGUUUGCAUUGAGGGAUAUUAAGCAGGCAAUCAUCCACUCUUGUACUAAACAACAAAAACUGUAUACAGAAGGAGAAGAGGUGACAUUCGAUUACAACUAUGUGAGGGUUUUUGGGGCAGCUGCUAAAAAAUGUCACUGUCAAUCACCUCAUUGUCGGGGUUAUAUAGGAGGGGAUCCACUGAAUGCUGAAGUAAUUGUUGAAGAUGAUUCAGAUGAAGAAUAUCCUGAACCUGUGAUGCUUAAGGAUGGUGAAACCUGGGAUGGCUUGGAAUAUGCCAUAUCUAGAUCAAGUUCCUUUAACAAUGAAGAAAUGCGAAAUGCAAAGAGUGUAAUAAAAGAACAAGAGAAAAAGGUUAAUUCUACCAUGGUUGUUGGUCAGUUGGAGACUACCAUGGAAACUGAGAACUCCACUAACCAUUCUGCAUCCUCCACCAUCCAACUGCACAGUUCAGCUCAUACUGAGGAUUUUAAAGGAAAUUUCCAGUCAUCUGCACAACAAGUUGAAGUUUCACAAAAAACAGAAGAUGUAACAAGUGAACCCAUGUCUUCUGUUCAGCAUGGUGAUGCCGUAAAACAGAAGGCUAUGAGCAAAAGCUCAUUUUCCUUUAAAAAAUUAGAUCCAACUUCUCUAACUAUGACAGUUGGCAAACUGCCAUCUGUUAGUACUGAUGCUAGUAAAAGGUCCAAGUAUGAUAAAGAAGAAGACAGACAGGGUUCUUCAAAAACGCCAGUGGUUAUGAAGAUUUCUCGUUCAUCUAACUCUGUUAAGAAAGGAAAAGGCAGCGAUUCUCUGACAGGAAACAAAGUUCAGCAUACAGCCAAUCAAUAUCAAGUGGCGACAAUCAAACCUAGAAAAUCAGUGGAAGGUUCUAGUAAUGGUCGUUUUGAAGCAGUUGAGGAGAAGCUUAAUGAGUUGCUGGAUGCUGAUGGGGGUGUAAGCAGAAGGAGAGAUGCAGCUAAGGGCUAUUUGAAGCUUCUGCUUCUCACAGCAGCUUCUGGUGAUAGCACUAAUGGUGAAGCAAUUCAAAGCAAUCGAGAACUAUCAAUGAUUCUUGAUGCACUUUUGAAGACAAAAUCACGAACUGUAUUGAAUGACAUAAUUAACAAGAAUGGGUUGCGGAUGCUGCACAACAUCAUGAAGCAAUACAGAGGGGACUUUAAAAAGAUUCCAAUUCUCCGGAAACUUCUAAAGAUUUUAGAAUAUUUGGCAGUGAGGGAGAUACUUACUCUGGAUCACAUAAAUGGAGGGCCCCCCUGUCAUGGAAUGGAAAGCUUCAGGGAGUCAAUGCUGUCAUUGACAGAGCAUGAUGACAAACAGGUCCAUCAAAUUGCAAGAAGUUUUCGAGAUAAAUGGAUUCCUAAGCCUGUUAGAAAACCAGGCUACAAGGACAGGGAUGAGUGCAGGACGGAUCAUCACUGGGGUUUGAACUGCCACAAGGUUUCAGCAUCACAAAACCAGUGGCCUAGCCAGGGUGUCAGACCUACUGAAACAACUGACACCCAAUCAUUGCCUGCAACAACUUCAGGCACUUCUGUGCAUGAGGGCUCUCCAUCUACUUCAGGUGUUAGCCAGACCAAUGGUACCAGAAUUCGCAAGCGUAAAAGCCGCUGGGAUCAGCCAGCAGACCCAGAUUCAGGAUCCCUUAAGCAGGAAGAACAGAAAGUUGAAUCUGAGUUGGAAAAGAAACUUGGAUCUAGCCCAUUUCCUGUUUUAGGUGAGAUAACAGAUCGUGACUGUCAGAGUCUCAAUCACUCUCAACAAGAUGAAGUUAUUAAUGCUGACAGUGCAAAGCAGACUGUUAAUGAGGAUGUUCCACCUGGGUUCUCAUCUUCUCAGCCUUCAUCUUUGGUUUCAUCACAUGCUUCACCUGCUUCUACUGAUAUCUCCCAUCCAAGUUUUUGCCAUUUGAAGUAUCCUUCCAAUGUCUUUAUUGCACAUCCACAGAAGAGGUUCAAUUUUCGCUUGCCUGUCUCAUAUGGAUUCCCAUUGCCUAUCAUGCAGCAAUUUGGAUCACCCCAGGCAGAAAGUGUGGAGAGCUGGGUUAUUGCCCCAGGUAUGCCUUUCCAUCCGUUCCCACCUUUACCUCCAUUUCCCCGCAAUAAGAAAGAGGUUCCAGCUGCUUGUGCUGGUAAUUCCAUUAGAAAGGGUGAAGCUAUGGGAGAUGGGCAGCAGGAUGACUGUGGUCCUGCCACAUAUCCGGAUGCAAACAAUGCAACCCCGACUGGUUAUAAACAACCAGAAUCAAACAUCCCAGUUGCCAAUACCCAACAGACAUAUAAACGAGCAAGGGAUUCCUCGUAUGAUCUGGGAAAGAAGUACUUCAGGCAGCAGAAAAGAAAAGGGCCUCCUUGGCUUAAGUGCUAAUUCAUGGGAAACAACCAUAUGGGUAGUCCAUGCUGCGUAGAGGUAGGGAAUGUAAAAAGUGAGGCCAGAAAUUCAUAUUUUUCUCAUGAUGUAAGCUGUAGGGUUGGGAAAGGCCACAAUGAUAAUUAUCAGCAGCCACAGGAUCGAAAUCAGCAUUGAUUUAUAGGAAAAUUUGUGAGAGCUACUGAGUCCUUUUUUUUUUACAUGUACUCUCAUCAAUUCAUUGUUUCCUGGGUUAAAAUUCCAGUGGAAAAUUGCAAUUUCAUUCAAUUCCAAAAAUUCAUUCAUACAUCUCAGUUUCUUACCAAUGAAGACAUCACCUUUUG